AACAACUCAUAACCUAUAAACCUAAUAUAAGUCCUCAUCUUCCCGCGAGCAUAAAGUAUUUUAGUAUUGUACCAUACUUGAGUUUUGUUAAUGCAAAUUGUUCUGUCGGAAGAAUAAGAGUAGCUUUUGGAAUUGAUGUCGUGAAGAAAAGUGAGGUUCCAUCGCUUUUAAUUUAGUCGUUCGAUCGUUGUAUUAAAGAGAUCGAAAGUUAAAUUGGGAAGUAUGUCCAUGCUUGCGGAGCGUCGGCAAAAGCAGAAAUGGAGUCUCAAUCCACGAGGAAAGUGGUGGACCGAAGACUCGAACAAAUUCGGCCAGAGGAUGUUGGAGAAGAUGGGCUGGACGAAAGGAAAAGGACUUGGCGCUAACGAGCAAGGCAUUACAGAAUUUUCUAGCGUGUCGCACAAGAACGAUACAACUGGUGUAGGAUAUGACAAAAAUGUCGAGAUGUGGACUGAGCAUCAGGAGAAAUUUGGGGACUUGCUGCAGCAGCUCAAUGGAAAUCAGGAUCAAGACGCUGGUAAAAAUUCAGCGAAUGAAGACGCUAAUCUCAAUGGACAGUCUAUCGAGCUGAAGUCUAAGCAGAGUCAUGCUCGCAUACAUUACAAGAAGUUCACACGUGGCAAGGAUAUAACUAAGUACAAGUCAAAGGAUCUGGCAAAUAUAUUUGGCCAAAAGGAAUUAGCGGAGAAGAAAAUUCAGAGCAAGACAAAGAAGGAUGAUAUCCCUGAGACAGAAGUUGGCGUCAGAGACAAUUGGUACGGAGUCGCCACAAUUAACGGCGGUAAUAUGGCCGAUUACUUCAAACUUAAGUCGAAUUAUAAUAAUACUGAUCGCUCGACAUAUAAUGUAAACAACGAUGCAAACUUAUCGAGCAGUAUGACUGAGAACCGAACGACUGACUCUGAAAGUGAGAGUGAUCAACACGUUGGUUUUGGAUUUAUAUCGAAAACGGAAGGUACCCAAUCGGUGGCCAAUUACGGAGCGUUAAAAGAUUCUGACGGAAAAAGCAGUUACGCUUUCGAUAAUCCUUGCUUGGGAUUGAAUAGUCCUACAGAAACUGCCGGUGGCACCAACCGUGGAUCUCCUGCAAAGUCUAUGAAGAAGAGAAAGAAGGAAUUUGAAAGUGACAAUUUGCAUGUCACUGAAAUAGAUAAACGUAACGCGAGAAAAAAAUUAAAAACGGAAGUCAUUGAUGGUGAUUGCAGAAACGGUUUCAUUAAUCCAGCCCUCAAUCUAGACGCAAGACCUGAGGAAGAUUGUAAUGGCAAGGAGUUUGAAGUGGUCAGAGCACAGUUUGGCCUCGAAAACUGCGGUUUAGAUCUGACGGACGAAAGAAAUGGCAAGAAACGUGUAACAUUUAACGAUCACGUCAUGUUGUACGAAUACAAUUUAAAUUCCACUAAGAACAAAAGGAAAGGAGAGGUCACAUUGGAUAAAUUUGAGGUUGAAAAUAAGAAGAGCAAAAAGAAACGGAAGCACGAGAGCACUGCGACUCCUGUGACGAAUGGAUUUGUCAAUAAAGCGUUAGAUGUGCAAAUAUUAUUUGAAGAAAUUAAUGAUAACGAGUUGAACGAGCAUAGAAAUAAGAAAGUUAAAAAAAGGAAGGUAUCCAAUCUAGAAACGAUACAAGAGUCACCAGAAAAGGAAAUAAUUGAAAUCAGUACAGAAUCGGAGGAUACUUUGGAUACUAAUGGUGCUGAAAAUGGAGAAACAGACAAUGUGGAACCAAAAUUAAAGAAGAAGAAGAAGAAGCAGAAAAAGAAAGAAAAAGAAGAGAAAAGAGCCAAAGACAUUAUAGUACUUGAUGCCAUAAACGAAGAGCCAGACAUUGAAAUUGUAAAAGUAAUAAGCAAUAAAAAGAAGAAAGCUAAGGAUAGUAAAGAAGAAGAAGAAACGGCAAUAUCCAAGAAAUGUAAAAAGAAAAAGAAAAAAGAUAAGGAAAAUUGCAAGAGUGAAAAACAUACAAUUCAAACUGAAAUAAGCAAUGAUCAACAAGAUAUCAAGAUAUUAGAUAAAUCAGAUUCAAGGCGACAACAAAAUGAUUUAAUCGAGAGUAAAAAUAAAGAUGCAGCAAUAAUUGAAACGUUGCUAGAUCCUACAACCAAAGAAGAAGAAGAAAAAUCAUUAGAAAAAACUAAACAAAAGAAGAAGAAAAGGAAAAGCCUCGACAAAGAAGAUUCGAAUGAAAUUAAUGUUUGUAAUACAGAAAGGGAAAUCUCCGAUAAGGAAAACACUGAUAAGGAGCAGGAUUUAAAUGCCAAAAAAUUAGUAAAAAAAGAUAAAAAAAGCAAGAAAUCAAAACAUAAGAAUGCGUCUGACGUAGAAGAUUCUUCUAAUCAUAACAAAGAAGUUGCGGACGUAAAUGUUACAAAACAGGACGAAAUAGAAAAUGCGGAGUGUACCGAAACACCUUCAAAAAAAGGUAAAGUGAUUAAUGCUAUCGACAAUAUAAUCAAUAGCCCAUGGAAUGUAAAAGCGAGAAUGUCUAAGAAAAUGCUGAUAACACUUUUCCAUAACAAUGCAAUAUUAGAGUUCCCAGGUUCUAAUAUUCACAAUAUAAAAGGUUAUGGUACAGAUGAUGUUGAAUGUGAACUAUAAUAUAUAUAUAUAUAGAGUAGUUUUAGUAAUAAAGCAUUUUUAUACAUAACGACAUUUAUAACAUAUGCAAAUAUUAUUAAAUAAAAGUAUGCGUGUAUUUUUAAUUAAUAUACAUUAAUGUGUAUUGAUUUGUAAGAUGAAAUAAGUUGUAUUUAUAACUAUAUUUAUUUGACCGAUAAUGUGAUUUCAAUAAAGAUAUUUUUUAUACAAAAA